AUGAGUUUGUUGAAGAUGGGUGGAGAUCUGAUGGACGAUGAUUGGGAAUUUGCUUCAUCUACAAACCCUAGCCGAACCCUAGUUUUGGUCGGUCGUACAGGGAACGGAAAGAGCGCAACAGGGAACAGUAUCCUUGGAAGGAAGGUGUUCAAGUCAAGAAGAAGUACUCUUGGUGUGACAAGCACAUGUGAGUCACAGAGAGUUGUGCAAGAAGAUGGUCAAAUCAUCAAUGUUGUUGAUACUCCUGGUCUAUUUGAUUUGUCUACCUCGACCGAUUUUCUCGGUAAAGAGAUUGUGAGAUGCAUAAACCUAGCUGAAGAUGGGAUUCAUGCUCUUUUGUUUGUGUUCUCUGUAAGGGGUCGGGUUACGGAAGAGGAGAAAUCUGCUCUCUGUUUUAUGCAAACACUAUUUGGUAGUAAAAUCUCUGAUUAUAUGAUCAUUGUUUUUACGGGUGGCGAUGAAUUGGAAGAGAAUGAUGAGACAUUGGAGGAGUAUUUGGCUGAGGCGUGUCCUGAGUUUCUGAAAGAAAUUCUUGAGCUAUGUGACAAUCGGUUGGUAUUGUUUGAUAACAAGACUACGGAUAAGCGUAAGAAAGCUGAGCAAGUUCGAAAGCUUCUCUCACUUGUUGACUCUGUUGUUAAAAGGAACAAUGGAAGACCUUAUACAGAUGAGUUGUUCCAGGAGCUACAGGAAGAGGCUAUGAAGCUACGAGACCAGAAAAAGGAGGUUGAAUCGCUGAGGGGAUAUUCAAAUGUUGAGAUAUCAGAGUUCAAGAAGCAAAUUGAGACGUCGUAUGACCAGCAGCUUGGCCGCAUCACAGAGAUGGUGGAGACAAAGCUGAGAGACACUGCGAAGAGGCUUGAGCAGCAACUGAGUGAAGAGCAAGCCGCUAGACUUGAAGCGGAGAAGAGGGCAAACGAAGUUCAGAAACGUUCGAGCGAUGAGAUUAAGAAGCUGAGAGAGAAUCUGGAGAGGGCUGAGAAAGAGACAAAGGAACUCCAGAAAAAACUGGGAAAGUGCAUCAAUCUGUGA